AUGUCAUUUGGUCCACGAAAACCAGCCGUACCGUCAAGGUCAAACCGGCCUAGUGCAGUGAAAAAGCCGCUCAAUAAACCGGCGGUUCGGAAUGAAGGUCCCAAACAACAGCAAGCGCUAAAAUCGAAAGGUUCAACCGUUCCGGCGAGUGCUCCGAAGAAAGUCGUUCCUGUUGCACCAAAAGUCAGCGUUCCCAAACCAGCGACACCCGAACCGGUCUAUGAUUACGAGUCAGAUUUUGAAUCCGACGAAAGCCUGCCCAGUGCGGGAUGUUCCAGCACUGAGAGCAGUGCGGAACAUACGGAAUCUAUCAAUUCUUCAUCGGAAGGUGGUGACGACGAGGAUGAAGGUGAGGGUGAGGAAAAAGUGCCUUCAAAUGCUCCAAAGCAAAUCGAAACUGUCGCUGUAAUACAGGCUCAACUUGACGUGAAGACACAAAAGAUUGCGUCCAAAAAUGCAAGAAGCGUUGAUAUUUUGAGUAAAAUAUCGCUGAACGACAUUACGGUACAGCUGUACCAAUUUGAUCCGGACGAGUAUGCCGAACUGAGAACUAAUUUCGGUAUGACAAAUACUGUGGCGUACGGGAAGCAUACACAAACUGACUGUAGCCUGCUGUCGACGGCUUCCCAAACAUAUGGAAUCUCUGUACGAGAGCGAUCAACCUGCAUGCACGAAGGCUUCCGAGGUGCUAGUCGGAUCGACCAGGAAGCGGAAUGGAAUGAUCAAACGAACGAGGGCGAAGAAGAUGACGCUGUUCAGUGCUAUAGCAGCUUGCAGAACAUCGAGCGAAUGUUUUCCACACUGAAUGGAGCGUUAGAGAGACGUUUCUCGAAUAUGACCACUUCCAGCAGUAGACUAUCGCCCUCGAAUACUACUCUAACGCAUGGAACACGAAACCACAAUCAACAGCGCAGCAUUGUCCAACUUUUACGUAGAGCUGCACCUGCUAUGGAAGCAUUGCUUGAGUCGAAACGAUUUCGAUUGCGAAAAGUUAAUGACAAUGCGAAAGAGAAAUGUGCAAACCAAAUAAGGGAACAUCGUACCGGCACAUCUACAGCCGACGUAGUACGUUCGUUUGAUGGUGGCAAAAUGUGUCCCGAGUUCGAGAUCAAAUUGGUACGCUCGUCGGUGCAGUGUGACAGCUUUGUGCUCGAGUUUUGGGCUCGUGGAACCUACUCAAGGCCAAUGUAUCGCUUCUCCUCGUGGUCUUCGAUCGUUUGCAUUGACUACGAGAUGCGAAAGCAUAUGAUGGUGUUUGGAGGGACAUCUGAUGGGACCCUCCAGAUGUGGCUUGGUGAUGCAGGUCGGAGUCACAACGAAGCGUUGGCACCUCAUCAAAUUUUAGCCCCAAAAGUGCACCAGAAACACAAACUAAACUGCUGGGAAAUGGCAGCUGUAAAAGUGCUACCCGUGCCAGUAAUUCGAGACAGUAGCGUGGAGAUCGGGAAUGAAAAUGCAUUUAAUCAGGUAUUUGGACUAUUCUCCACCGGAGUGAUCAUUGUAUGGAACGUGCAGACACAGAAACAUGAACAUUUAGGCAUGGAGAAUGUGCUUAGCGCGAAGUUAGGACCACCGGAGGUUUCCUUAGUGCAAGCGAAAGUGAUUGACUUGAGCAGCCGCAUUGGGGGACGUUUCGCGUACGAUGCGUUGCGUACCUUUGAGAAUCUUCUGCUGCAUGAUCAUCAUCAGAUGGUACUAUCCAGCAACAAAACAGUGAUCCGAUUGAGUCACUUUGUACAAUCAGAAUUUGAUCCUGUUUUGUUGGUUAAACCGGAUGCUUCUCACUCCAUAACUAAUCUCAAAAGAAUGGUACAAACCAACGAUACGCUGUUUGUGCUGCACUCAAAUAAGACUGUGCGUGUGCUGAAACUUUGCACCGAACCGGGCGGCAGAGAAUCGGCCCAGCAUCGCCAUAGAAAGCAAGAUGAUCAGCCGCACCUAAUGUUGAGCGUAUGCACGAAUAAAUCCUGCACUAUCCAAAGUAUUGUGCAUGAUGAGGCUAAACGGUACGGCAAUUCCAACGGUUCCGGAGAAGGACGUGCUGACGGUGGUACUAUUGUCGCGAAAUUAAUCGAACCAGAGAAGGGAGAUGAGGACGUGAGUGGGAAACCACGAUUUCAUCACGGUCAACAGAUCUUAUUUUUCGAUCCACAGCAUACAGACGGUAUUCUGAAAGAAGCACAGUUGGCUGAUAGCAGUAACGUAUCGUACCGCGAGAGACACUUGAUUUAA